UGUAAUUGCGGUUGAUCAGUGGAACGGUGUAUAAAUAUGCGGCGUUGCACGUUGUCCGUGAAAGUAUUUUAUAUCAGAAUCCAAUUGGAUUUUAAAUGUAAACAUUGAUAACAGUAGUUUGAAUGCUUACUUUUUACAAAUUGUCUAUGCCCUAAUUUAGUAUAGUUUGAGAUUUUCCGAUCUAGAAAUAAUGCUCAACUUGAACGUCGGCAUUCUGGGCCACGUCGAUUCGGGAAAAACAACUUUGGCCAAGGCACUCAGUGGAAUCGCUAGCACAGCUGCGUUUGACAAGAACCCGCAAUCCCAGCAACGGGGCAUCACCUUGGAUUUGGGUUUCAGUGCGCUCCAGGUUCCGCUUCCGGAUCAUUUGAGAACAGCUGACGAUGGUGGCGCGAACGAUGGAUUGCUCCAGUACACAUUUGUUGAUUGCCCAGGGCAUGCCAGUUUGAUUCGUACGAUAAUUGGUGGGGCACAGAUUGUCGACAUGAUGGUCCUGGUGGUUGACAUUGGAAAAGGAAUCCAAACACAAACGGCCGAAUGCCUUGUGAUUGGGGAAUUAACCUGCCAGCGGAUGGUCGUGGCGCUGAAUAAAAUAGAUUCGGUGGACGUAGAUAAACGGGUAAAGGUGAUCGAAAAAAUGAAGAAAGGUCUUGCGACGGCUUUGGCCAAGACAGUUUUCGUAGGUUCACCAAUCGUUGAAAUAUCGGCAUCUGGUGGAAUUAAUCUCGAAAAAUUUGUCGAAGUCCUCAUACAGCAUUCAAUAGUUCCGCUGAGAAAUUACAAAAUGCCAUUCUUGUUUGCUGUCGAUCAUUGUUUUGCGAUCAAAGGCCAAGGGACGGUUUGUACAGGAACCGUCUUGCAGGGAAGUAUCAAAUUAAACGAAGAUGUAGAAAUUCCUAAGUUGAAACUAGUCAGAAAGGUAAAGUCUAUGCAAAUGUUCAAGCAAAGCCAACAAGAGGCCAGGCAAGGAGAUCGUGUAGGAAUAUGCAUCACGCAGUUUGAUCCCAAAUCCCUGGAACGUGGUCUGCUGUGCAAACCAGGAUAUAUUUCGGAUAUCUACGCAGCGGUUCUACGAUUAAAUAUCAUCAAGUAUUAUAAAGGGCCACUAAAACAUAAGGCCAAGUUCCAUCUUACUUGUGGAUAUGAGACAGUUAUGGCAACCAUAACCCUGUUCAAAGGAUCUGGCACGGAUUUCACCGUUUGUGAGCAGUACGAGUUUCUGGAAGAACUGGAUCAAAGUUCAAUAGAUGAAAUGGUUCCAGUAUUUGCUUUACUAGAAUUUGAGCGACCCAUUCAAGCAGUGCCAAAUGCAUUAGUCAUCGGUUCAAGGCUAGACAUCGACAUUCAUUCCAAUUCAUGUCGAUUAGCUUUCCAUGGACACCUCGCCUACAGUUGUGUUGACAAAGAGUAUUCCACCACAUUCCUGCCUCAGUUGCAAAUCUACAAAGAGAAGCAGAAAGUCGGAUCGGUGCAACGAGUGGUUAACGAUAUGGAACUAAUAGCUGCGGGAUUGUUCAAGAAGGAGGGCAGCAACCGAACGGCGUUUGUUGGGCUGAAAGUUAAACUAAGCACUGGAGAGAACGGUGUUAUAGAGGAUACCUUCGGAGCUACAUCAAAGGUAAGACUACGCUUUAUGCAACCACUUCAUGAAUCUACUUUGGAACGGUUGAAAUGUAAAAGACCAUCGGAGCAGCCAACAGUAAUGGUUAAGUACAAGAAAUUUCUGUUUAAAAAGGGCACAAAUAAAAUUGUCCAAUGAA